CGGUUGCACAAACGUUAGUUAAAUAAUUCCAAGUUAGUGCCGUAACUAACCGUUAAAUUUUUAACGAUGAGUUACGUAACUGACAGUUAAAAAUUUGUUGUUCGAAAGUCUAUUAAAAAUAAAUUAGCUAACUAACAUUUAAUUGGCGUUUUCUAGUUAACUCUCUGUUAAAUCGUUCUGCACGCGCGCGUCCCCGUACAUACGUCGAGAAAAAAAAUGUCUGCUACUGCUAGUGUAAAGAGAGAGAGGAGCAGUAACUGGUCUUUGGCCGAAAUCUCUGUUUUAACAGAUUUCGUUGAAAAAAACGAAGAAAUACUUAAGGCCAAGCAAAGCAAUUUGAUAACCAAUGCCAAGAAGAACAGCAAAUGGGCGGAGGUGACGGAGCUGAUCAAUGCGGUGGGGGUCCACCGUAGGUCGAUAGAGCAGGUGAAGUUUAAAUGGGGGAAUCUUCAACAGGGGGCAAAGAAGACCUUCACGGAGGCCCGUAAGCAUGCGAGAAAAACAGGCGGUGGACCCCCACCCAAACCCCCUAGUGCCGCCGAGGAAAAGAUUAUUGAAUUAAUGAAAGACAGGCCCAAUUUCUCGGGGAUUGCUGGGGGGUUUGAGUCCUCCAUGCCAGGCACAACAGAUAUACCCUGCUCUUCGAAGUCCUUCUCGACUACCUCGUGUAACUCAUCCGAGUCGACAACACAGGAUUCAAGCGAGGAGCAAGCAGUGACGCAGCAAACACAGACGGCAUGUGGAUCAAGAAGUGAAUCAGCAAGUGAACCAGCGAGUGAACCAGCAAGUGAACCAGCGAGUGAACCAGCAAGCGAAGACGAUAUUUCUCCGGCCGCACCUGCACCGGCAAAAAGAAGGAAAAUCUCCCUUGAGCAACUUCAGAAGAUGCAGUAUGAGGUCUUGUGCUGUCAGAAAAAAAACUUUGAACUACAGAACAUGAAACUCGUCAAAGACCUGGAACGGACAGACCUCGAGAAGCAGAACAUCGAGCUACAAAACACCAAGCUGGCGCUACAGAUCGAAUGCCUGAAACAGACUGUCUCUCAGAAUGAAAGUGCUCUCCUAGCUCUACAAGCUAUCACUGAUGAAUGAAA